CGCGCAGUUGAAGAAGUGUGCUGCUCUCCGUUCCUCGCUCACAUUGACAGAACCUUAGAGAGGAACGCCUGUACACUCCCUCUCCUCCUCCCAUUAUGGCUGACUCCAUGGAGAUAGAUGAUUCUCUGUAUAGUCGGCAGCGGUAUGUACUGGGAGACAGUGCUAUGCAACAGAUGGCCCAGUCUGCUGUGUUUCUUAGUGGAAUGGGAGCUGUUGGAGUAGAAAUAGCAAAAAACAUUGUUUUGGCAGGAGUGAAGGCAGUCACUCUCCAUGACUGUAAGCGAUGUGAAGUUCGGGAUCUGGGCACCAACUUCUUUAUCAGAGAGGAGGAUGUACAUAGCCAGAGGAAAAGGGUGGAGGCUGUCCAUUCUCGAGUGGCUGAGUUAAACCCAUAUGUUCAGGUCAGCGUGUGCACUGAUGUUCUGGAUGACACCACGGACCUCAGCUUCCUAAAGAGAUAUCAGUGUGUAGUAUUAACCGAGACGAAGCUGAACUUACAGAAACGUAUCAGUCAUUUCUGCCACGCUCAACAGCCUCCUAUCAAGUUCAUCAGCUGUGACGUGUUUGGAAUCUCCUCACGAGUUUUCUGCGAUUUCGGGGACACAUUUGAGGUUUCCGAUCCGACAGGAGAGGAACCAAAAGAACUUUUCAUUCAAACCAUCAGCCAGGGCACCUCUGGCGUGGUUAUGUGUAUGGACAGCCGAACACAUGGUCUUCAAACAGGACAGAGUGUGUGUUUCAAGGAAAUAAACGGCAUGACUGAUCUAAAUGGUACCACACACCAAGUUACAGUUCUGUCUCCCUACAGUUUUGCAAUUGGAGAUACUUCAUCAUUCCAGCCCUAUACACAUGGAGGAAUCUUUCGCCUGGUUAAGACCCCUAAAACCAUCAUCUUUGAGACGAUGGAACAGCAAUUAUCUGACCCUCAGCUUCUCACUCCAGACUUCAGUAAACCAGAGGUCCCUCUACAACUCCAUGCCAUCAUGUUAGCUUUGGAUGCCUUUUUGGAACAGCACGGCAGACUUCCCAACAUUGGGUGUCUGCAGGACGCUGAACUUCUCUUGAAGAUCACAGAGGAGAUCAAUAAAACCCUUAAAAGCAAGGUGUGUAUAAAUGAGGAGCUGGUGAGGUGCGUUUCUCGUUGUGCAAGGGGAUGUCUCUCUCCUCUCGCCGCAGCGGUGGGCGGCAUCGCUAGUCAGGAGGUGCUGAAGGCUCUCACUGGAAAGUUCACCCCUCUUCAGCAAUGGUUUUAUCUUGAUGCAAUGGAAGUAGUUCAGCCUCUCCAGUCUCUCCGCACUGAGGAAUUUGCCUCGAGGGGUGAUAGGUACGAUGCGUUGAGGGCGUGCAUCGGGGAGUCACUGUGUUUGAAACUGCACAUGUUUCAUGUUUUUAUGGUGGGCUGUGGUGCUAUUGGCUGUGAGAUGUUGAAGAAUUUGGCACUGAUGGGUGUGGGGCUAAACAGAUGCUCGGGAGAGAUUUGCAUUACCGAUCCAGAUCUGAUUGAGAAAUCCAACCUCAACCGACAGUUUCUCUUUAGGCCUCAGCACAUACAGAAGCCUAAAAGCACUACAGCAGCAGUAGCUACAUUAGAAAUAAACCAAGAAUUGCAUAUAGAUGCCCAUCUGAACAAAGUGUGUCCUGCUACAGAGGACACCUAUAGUGAUGUUUUCUUCUCCCAUCUCAACGUGGUGGUCACAGCACUGGAUAACGUGGAGGCAAGGAGAUACGUGGAUAGUCGGAGCGUAUCGAAUCAGAAAGCUCUGUUAGACUCGGGUACCAUGGGUACGAAAGGACACACGGAGAUCAUCAUCCCAAAUCUCACUGAGUCCUACAACAGUCAUAGAGACCCACCUGAGGAGGAAAUUCCAUUUUGCACUCUAAAGUCUUUUCCUGCUGUUAUUGAACACACCAUACAGUGGGCCAGAGAUAAGUUCGAGAGCGCUUUCUCCCACAAGCCCUCCAUGUACAACAUGUUUUGGCAGAGUCAUCCGUCACCACAGGAUGUGCUGCAGAGGUUGAUGACUGGGGAGAGUAUGGAAGGAUCAUUUCAGGUCAUUAAGCAGUUGAGUCGGAGACCCACCCACUGGGAUCAAUGUCUAGCACUCGCUCGGCUCAAAUUCGACAAGUACUUCAAAAGAAAGGCCUUACAACUACUGCACUCAUUUCCACUGGACACACGGCUAAAGGACGGCAGUCUGUUCUGGCAGUCACCCAAACGGCCGCCAUCUCCUAUAGAGUUUGACCUCAAUGACCCGCUGCAUUAUAGUUUUGUUGUUAGUGCCUCUCGCCUCUUCGCUGGAGUUUAUAAUAUUCCAUAUUCAGAAAAGAGUCUUUCCUAUGAGGCUGUGUCGAGGGUUUUAGCUGGAGUGGAUGUUCCUGAAUACAAACCAGCUGAAAAGCAUAUAGAGACAGAUGAGAGCAUUAAGAAGCCUGAUCAGGUGAAAGUGACGGUGAGCAGUGAACAGGAGAGGGUGGCCAUCUCACAGCUACAGGAAACUAUCAGCUUAAACUUUAUAACAGCAGAGAGACUACGCAUGACUCCGUUGUUCUUCGAAAAGGAUGACGACUCAAACGGGCAUAUGGAUUUCGUAGCAUCAGCGUCUUCUCUUCGGGCUCGUAUGUAUGCCAUCGAAGCCGCUGACCGACUGCAAACCAAACGGAUUGCAGGCAAAAUCAUCCCGGCUAUCGCCACAUCCACUGCUGCUGUCGCAGGACUGGUGGCAGUGGAGUUGAUCAAAGUUGCCGGUGGUUAUGGAUUUGAAUCAUUUAAAAACUGCUUCUUCAACCUGGCCAUUCCAGUAGUGGUGUUGACAGAAACAGCUCAGGUCAAGAGAACCCACAUCAGAGCCGGUAUUUCCUUUUCUAUCUGGGACCGUUGGACCGUCUUUGGUCAUGAGGACUUUACCUUAUCUGGUUUCAUAAGUGCAGUCAGGGAGAAGUAUGGAAUUGAGCCCACUAUGGUCGUUCAUGGAGUAAAGAUGCUAUACGUUCCGGUCAUGCCCGGCCAUCACAAAAGACUCAAACUGACAAUGCAUAAACUGAUCAAGCCCUCAGCAGGCAGGAAGUAUGUUGACCUCACUGUAUCAUUUGCCCCUGAGGUGGACGGUGAUGAAGAUCUGCCCAGUCCCCCAGUGCGCUAUUACUUCACUCGAGAGAACGAGAGCAACACAGCCUGACACACCCACACUCUUUCUCCUCUUUCUCGGCCCGUGGACCACUAGUGGAGUAGCACUUACUUAAUCUGUCUCGAUGUAUAUAGUGAAUUUUCAUUUUCUACUGGUUUAUUAUUUUAUUGCACAGUGUUGUCUGUGCAGAUGCCUUAAGAUAAUUAUAUUGUGCUUCAAUGUGACAAUAAUAUUAAUUAUACUAUUCAUGCUCUGAAGAGUAAAAGGAAAACAUUGUUUACAUGAUCGCCCCAGGGCUUAUUAUUACUCUUGUGUAUGUUUGUCCAGGUGAGUUAGUAGAAGGCUUCAUUCUAUUCUCAUGAAUCAACAGUCAUUUAUUUGCACAUUAGAAAAUGUUGCGGGAGGGUUAGUUAAUGUUAUCGGUCACUGUAAGCCACAUAAACGCCAAAGAUUUUGAUCCUGGUUUAAAAUGUUCAGCGACGUUUAGAGGUUCACGACUGACCUCUGUGUUCAUUGUGGCCGUCAUGACCUUAGUUGAAGUGAAGGCACAUCAGAUCAAGAUAUUAAAUGUUGUCACAUCUACUAUUGCCGUUUCGGAAGGAUGACAUUUUUGGCUUGAAGGCGUAAAAAAUAUAUCACCACCACAGUGCACGUCACAUGACAAGUCUUUUUCAUAUUGGAAGUCUAAUCCGUGGAAGUCUAAUCACAUCAAAACCAGGCUUUUCACAAGUUCCCAGCUGAACCGCCGACUUGGUUGAUGUCACUGAGUCAUCCUGAAGUGUCCUCCAAUAAGGCUGACUGAACUAAGCGGUUCAAUUUUGUUUGGCGUACAAGUGAAUGACAGUAAACAGAAAAAAUGAGACGCGUAUAUAGGACCUCCAAACUAACAGGUAAUAUUGUGGCAGAAUCACAGAGAAAAAAAUGAUUUUAAAUCGUAAAAUCGUUUUAAGAUCCCUUUAAAAAGACAAACUUUGAGUUGCACAGAAUUCUCGAUCAUGAUGUCCAUUUACAGUUUCAAGGGAAAUCUAAAGGAGUUCAACCAGGUGAUAUUUGAAUAGCUGUCCUUGUGACUACAGCAUUCAACAGAAUUACAAAUAAAUUUGAAAUUUGAAGUCCAAAU